AUGGAAAGUAGUAGUGGAGCAAUGGAAAGUAGCGGUGGAGCAAUGGAAAGCAGUGGCGGAGUGAUGCUUUUGCCUCGAAUGAAAAGCAAAAAGUUCAAGGAUUUGCUUGGCCAAAAGUUUUCAGAGCUCCGAGAGGGUAAGGGAGUUCCAAAGGGGCAUAUAUGUGUUUAUGUAGGUCCUCGUAGGGAGAGAUUCGUGAUCCCAAUCAGUUAUUUGAAUCAUUCCUUCUUUCAAAUCAUGCUAAAUCAGUCGAAAGAGGUAUAUGGAUUUUGCGAGAAAGGGGAGCUUGUUAUUCCCUGCCGAGUGCCUUUAUUUGAGAGUGUUUUGCAGUACAUGCAAACCCACAACGAAGAAGAUUUGCCCAAGCCUGUAGAAUCAUAUACACUACUGAAGUGUGUGACAGACAUGAAUCUUUAUAAGUAG